UUUUAAAGUAUAACUUCAGUUUUAUUUUUCCAUGGUAUUUUUCUUUCUGCCUUCGUGAAAUCACAUCUUUACAUGGGCUUUGGUGGAGGUCGUGGUGCAGUGCCAGCAGGUCUGAAUCGUGGUGGGGGUGUUCGGUCCUUCCGGGCCUCACGAGAUCGAUUCCUGACGACCUUGCUGUGAACGGCACAGCUCACGCAGUAGUGCAGCUUGACAUAGAGCUUGGGAAGCACGUAAGCGUCGAAGACGCUUGCUUCAGAUAUGUCCCUGACUGCAGCAGCUUCUACAAUGUUCCGAAUGACAAACUUCUUUUUUUUUUUUUUUUUUCGGAGCUGGGAAUCGAACCCAGGGCCUUGCGCUUCCUAGGUAAGCGCUCUACCACUGAGCUAAAUCCCCAACCCCGACAAACUUCUUAAUGGUCUUAUCCUUGGGCACGCACCGGGCGCAGUUCGUGCAGCGAAUUGGCUACACAUGGCCGCGGCCCUUUUUGGCACGACAGUUGUUUCUCCUUUUUUUGGUCAAAUUGGAGCCAAGACUCGAAAGCUGUGAAUCUUAUCUGUAAAUCACAGCACUUGUGUGGCAGAGGCAGCAGGAUCAGGAAUUCAAGGCCAUCCUCGGCUACACAGUGAGUUGGGGACCAGCCUGGACUAUAUGAGACCUUGUCUCAAAAUCAAAGUUCAAGUUCUCCCUUUACUUGCACUAGUAAAUUCUCUUAACAGCUGUGUUCUGGUUUGCUAUUCCCCAUUCUAUAUGUGAGUAAUCUAGGAUUCAGAGAGGGGACCAGGCUUGUCUGACACCCCCAGUUUAGUGUGGAGCUUGUGUUUGAAGCCAAGCUGGCCCUCUCCUGGUAAGGUACAGUAGCUCUGCUGUUUCUAGCCUAUCUUCAGUUCUGUGGGAAAUUAGUGAGGCUCAGAGUAUGGUAACUCUGGUCACACAUAGGCACACAGGUGAGCCAUCUCUGUUUUAGGAAGGUCACUGAGCACUUAUAGCUAGGACAGAAAUCAGAGAGGAUGCAGAUGAAGUUGCCAACUAAGGGUAGUUCGUUUCUAGAUAAAAAUAAUCGCGGCUUUUACCGAAGACCAGAUCUGGGCCUCCAUAAGUACCCGAAACUCUACGGAAUGCAAACUCUACGGAAAUCUUAAGAUUUCUGUGUCGCUGAGAGAAGACACCCAAAGUAUUAAUAAUUUUCCCCAAGAACAUAUAGUGAACUUUUUAUUCUUCAGCCUUUACAAUAGGACUCCUACUUGUCCUUCAUGAGUUUACGGAAGGCCAAGGAACUGUGAUCUGGAACGUGCUGUAACCACAAACGGCAAUUAUGGAAAUGACCCGCUUUAAGCUCCACACCUUGAACCAAUCUCAAACCCGCACAGGCAAAGCCUAGCACCACUCGGGAGGCUGGAGCAGAAUUCAAGGUCAGCUUGGCUUACAUGAGUUCCAGUCCAUGCUUUCCAUUCAGAAGUCACUACUAAGGACUGCGGUAACAAACUCCGUCUGAACAAGGAUUUGGAGUUGUCGAUCGGAUGCCAACCUGUACACAGUUCCAGGCCGCCCUGACUAAUUUGGGCACCAUGAAGCAGCUGCCCAUCUUGGAGCCCGGAGACAAGCCCAGAAAAGCUGCAUGGUCUGUGUUAUGUCUUCCCUUCGGCAGGUACACUCUGACUUGCCCUGGAGACAAGCCCUGCCCUCGAGUUGGCCACAGCUGCUCGUAUUUUCCCCCAGUUGGCGAGGCCGAGAAAGGGAAGGUCUUCAUUGUCGGGGGAGCAAAUCCAAACCAAAGCUUCUCAGAUGUACACACCAUGGAUUUGGGAACACACCGGUGGGACACGGCCACCAGGGAGGGCCUCUUGCCUCGGUAUGAGCAUGCCAGCUUCCUUCCAUCCUGCUCUCCUCACAGUAUCUGGGUGUUUGGAGGUGCAGACCAGUCAGGAAAUCGAAACUGUCUACAAGUCAUGAAUCCCGAAGCCAGGACAUGGAGCACACCAGAAGUGACUGGCUGCCCACCAUCCCCAAGAACAUUCCACACAUCAUCAGCAGCUAUUGGAAACCACCUCUACGUCUUUGGGGGAGGAGAGAGAGGUGCCCAGCCCGUGCAGGAUGUGAAGUUGCAUGUAUUUGACGCAAACACUCUGACGUGGGCUCAGCCAGAGACGCAUGGAAGUCCUCCAUCUCCCCGGCACGGCCACGCGAUGGUGGCAGCAGGGACAAAACUCUUCAUCCAUGGAGGACUGGCAGGGGACAGGUUCUUUGAUGAUCUCCACUGCAUUGAUAUUGGUGACAUGAGCUGGCAGAAGCUUGGUCCCACCGGUACUGCCCCAGUAGGCUGUGCUGCCCAUGCCGCCGUGGCUGUGGGACACCAUGUGUAUGUGUUUGGAGGAAUGACUGCCACUGGAGCACUGAACACAAUGUACAAGUACCACACAGAAAAGCAGCACUGGACCAUACUUCAGUUUGACACUUCCCUCCCCCCUGGACGCCUGGACCACUCCAUGUGUGUCAUCCCAUGGCCAGUGAUGUCUGCCUCUGACACUGAAGACUCAGGUUCUGUCAUUCUCAGCCUCCAAGAUGAGAAAGGGGACGCUGCUGAGAAACCAGAGACCCGGAGUGGAGGGUCCCGUGAGGAGAGUCCGACCACACUGCUGCUCUGUUUUGUGUUCGGUGGGAUGAAUACAGAAGGGGAGAUCUAUGAUGAUUGUCUCGUGACCGUAGUGGACUAAUAAAACCCACAUUUUUAUCACUCA